AACCUCCUUUCUUGCUUGCGCUCCCGUGUUCCUCUCAUACGAGUUCAGUAUACCAGGGUGGACCAAUCGAUUGGCUAUCUUAUUUGUUGGCACUGAAGCGAAAAGUAGAGAAUUCGUCAAGCAACUUUCCAUCUUGAUCCAAGGUGUCAAGCGAAUUCCUCAGUUUUGAACAAGGGCUGUGUCCGAAUUGAAUUGCCCCUCAUCAGAAUCACUUUGCGCAUCCAACCAGCGCCAUCGAGCGCGCAACUCAGAAUCCUCACCGACAUUCAAACUUUGGUGUGUUGGAAUUAGGCAAUUCUCAAGCCAUUUCUUCAGGCUUAAGGACUACGCGCAGAGAUUUGAGAAGGAAGGAAAGCAGGGGAGGAAAGCCAAGCCAGCCAGCCAUGGCGGAUGACGAGCAAUGGAGCGGCAUGGAGAACACGGUUGAUGAUCCCGAGGAGACGAGGGUCAUUUUCUGUGCCCUCGACUCAUUUCUCCAAUACGCAAAAGUGGCACACUUCAACGUAACCCACCUCCGCCGCCAAUCCUUCUACGCCCUGCCCCAGGCGCACUGGCAGAUGCUCGCCGCCCCGCCCUUCAACUUCCUCGACACCCUCGAGCGCACCGACGACGCAAUCGAGUCCAACGCCGAGCUCGCCCGCGCCAUCGCCCACAACGGCCUGCGCUCCUUCCACCUCGUAGACGAGAACUCGACAGAGGAACCCAAACUGCCGGACAACUGGGUCGGCGUCGCCAAGCACGGCGACACCGAUAAAGCACGCAGCACCCUCCGCCAAUUCUACCGCGACUGGUCCGCCGAAGGGGCCGAGGAGCGCAGCAUAUGCUACGGUCCCGUCCUCGACGCCCUCGACCGGGAACGCAAGGCCCGACAGUCUUCUCCUGCCACGACAACAGGCGCUGAUGCUCCCCCCGCGGAACCCCUGAAAGUCCUCGUCCCCGGCGCGGGACUAGGCCGCCUCGUCUUCGACCUCUGCCUCAACGGCCACGACGCAGAGGGCAACGAGAUCUCCUACCACCAGCUCCUCGCCUCCUCCUACAUCUUAAACUGCACGAAAUCCGCAGGCCAGUACAAAAUCUAUCCUUGGGUCCACUCCUUCUCGAACCACCGCACGCGCGAAAACCACCUCCGGAGCUGCGCCGUACCCGACAUCCACCCGGCCACGGAACUUGCGCUGGCGCAGCAGCAGUCUUCCGAUACGGGCACGGGUAUAGGCAGCAUGUCAAUGUGCGCCGCAGACUUCCUCUGCCUCUACUCCGACGCCGACCACGCCUCAGCCUACGACGCCGUAGCGACAGUCUUCUUCCUCGACACGGCGCCCAAUCUCAUCCGCUACCUCGAGACGAUCCACCACGCCCUCCGCCCCGGCGGUCUCCUCGUCAAUUUCGGUCCCUUACUGUGGCACUUUGAGAAUAACGCACCGGGCAACCACGGGCGCGAUACUGACGGCGACGGCGACCACGACGCGAGUAACUCGUCGGGUAUCGCGGAUCCGGGGAGCUUCGAGUUGAGCGAUGAUGAGGUUAUGGCGCUGGUCGAGAAGGUGGGUUUCGUGGUGGAGAGGAGGGAGACGGGGAUUCAGGCGCCGUAUAUUCAUGAUGGGGAGAGUAUGCUGCAUACCACGUACCGCGCGAGUUUUUGGGUGGCGCGGAAGCCGUUCUAGAUUUUUUUUGCCGUCUUGAACUCUCUCGAUCUCCUCAUUUAUUGGCUCUGUUACCAUCUGUACAUAUUGACGGGAGGUAAGGGGUCAGCAGUGCAAGUUAACAGCACUACGGUAGCAUGAUAGAUUCGAGGCCCAGGCGAAGU